AUGCCGGAGUGGGAUGGUAUCGUUUGCUGGCCCGAGGGACUUCCUGGAAGGAUGGUGUCCACUGCCUGCCCGGAGUACAUAUAUGACUUCAACCACAAAGGACAUGCUUACCGGCGCUGUGACAUCAAUGGGACCUGGGAGCUGGCGUCAAAUAACAACAAAACCUGGGCUAAUUACAGCGAGUGUGCCAAAUUCCUCCCCCAUUAUGAUCAGCACCAAGAGAGGGUAAGGCCUUCUACCUUACAGUUGCUAUUUUCAGUGGGCUACUUUGUAUCAUUUAUUAAUAUUCUCAUUUCUCUUUUGUAUCUUUUAUGUUUCAGGCGACUACACUGCACCAGAAACUACAUCCACAUGCACCUGUUUGUAUCGUUCAUGCUGAGGGCCAUUAGUAUAUUUGUGAAAGACGUGGUGUUGUACUCGGGUGCCGCGCUGCAGGAAAUGGAGCGCAUCACUGUGGAGGAUCUCAAAUCCAUCACAGAAGCCCCUCCUGCCAACAAAACCAAGUUUAUUGGAUGCAAGGUGGCUGUCACUCUCUUCUUGUACUUCUUGGCGACUAAUUAUUACUGGAUUCUGGUGGAAGGCCUGUACCUGCACAGCCUUAUCUUCAUGACCUUCUUCUCAGACAGGAAGUACCUUUGGGGCUUUACUCUGAUUGGCUGGGGUGUUCCUGCAAUGUUUGUAACCAUCUGGGCCAGCGUGAGAGCCACUCUUGCUGACACUGAGUGCUGGGAUUUAAGCGCAGGAAACCUGAAAUGGAUUGUGCAGAUCCCUAUUUUGACAGCAAUUGUUGUAAAUUUUUUGUUGUUCCUCAAUAUAAUCAGAGUCUUGGCAACAAAGCUUAGAGAAACAAAUGCAGGAAGAUGUGACACCAGACAACAGUAUAGAAAGCUGUUGAAAUCGACGCUGGUCCUCAUGCCGUUGUUUGGGGUUCACUACAUUGUGUUCAUGGCAAUGCCCUAUACAGAAGUGUCUGGGGUGCCGUGGCAAAUCCAGAUGCAUUAUGAAAUGCUCUUUAACUCAUUCCAGGGAUUCUUUGUUGCAAUUAUAUAUUGCUUCUGCAAUGGAGAGGUCCAAGCAGAAAUCAAGAAGUCAUGGAGUAGGAGGACUCUCGCUCUGGACUUCAAGAGAAAAGCCCGGAGUGGCAGUAACACGUAUAGCUAUGGACCCAUGGUGUCUCACACCAGCGUCACUAACGUGACCGCACGGGGCCCUCUGGCCCUGCACCUCACCACCCGCCUGGGGCCCGUCUCCCUCAACGGCCACCGGAACCUUCCGGGAUACGUGAAGAACGGCUCGGUCUCUGAGAACUCCAUCCCGUCCUCGGGUCAGGAGCUCCAUAUACAAGAGGAAGAACCUUCGAAGAACGUCCAGGUGGAAAAAACCAUCCCGGUGGUGGAGGAGGAAAGAGAAACAGUCAUGUGACUUUACAAACCUUAAUAAAGACAAUGAAAAAUGUCGAAGGAUUAGACAAUCCUUUGUUUCUCAGGAUUUCCUCACAAUUUGGGUUGUGGGACCAUCUCAGAUGUACAGUUGGAGACGCGGUGACUGACCUAAUGGACCAGAUAUGAUCCGUGUCUUUUAAAUGCCAUCAUCAUCAUCAUCAUCUUCAUCUUCACCAGCAGCAUUCGGAGGAUGACAACACAUUUUGGUUUUAAAAAUUGUGGUCAACACAUUGUGAACAUACAACGCCGGUGCUUUCAUGUUGUCAGAUCACCUCCUUAGAUGAAGAACGGUGAGUUUGCUUCAGGA